AUGGUUUCUCAAGACCAAAGUAAGGACUCUGGCUCCAAAAAAAAUGGAGGUAAGGAGCUUGGAAUGGUAACUCCUCAAGACAAGCCCUUGAAGAAGAUGAAGUUUGUUUCAUCUGCUGAGACAGAACCAAGCAGCACGACAACAAUUUCUGAGGAUUCAAAGUCAGGUCGAGGUAUGAGCACAAUGCCUCGUGUUGUGAAGAGAAAAUUGCAGAAAAUCAAGCCAGUUGUUGAGUACAAUAAAAGGGGGAAAGGAUGUGGCCCUGCACAUACUGAGAUGCAGUCCUACAUUGGUGUGUUGGCACGCUCCAGAGUCCCACUUGUGGACAAGAAAUGGGCUGAAAUCCCCAAGGAUAUAAAGGAACAGAUUUGGGAAGCCGUUGACAUGGCUUUUGUGGUAGGUCAAGGGGGCAAGACCUCGGUGUUAUCUUCUGCUGCCAAGAAAUGGAAGGAUUUCAAGUCUACACUGACGAGGCAUUAUAUCCUUCCAUACAUCAAGGAGAGGGAGAAAUUAAGCCAACCCCCUGAAGUAUAUAAAUUCAUAGAGAAAGCAGAAUGGGAUGCCUUUGUAGCUUCAAGGUUAUCCAAAGAAUUUGAGUUUGUGCAUUCUCAACAUUCACAGAUUAGGGAGAAACUUGAGUACAAUCAUCGAUUGUCUCGAAAAGGAUAUGCUGGUUUGGAGGAUCAAUUGGAGGAAACCAUGCCUGGGGUAGAAAUUGAUCGAUCUACCUUAUGGAAGAAAGCUAGACAGGACAAACAUGGUAACAUCCCGGAUCCAAAGGUGGCAGAGAAAGCAAAAUUAAUUGAUGAAUUGCAAAAACAAGUGGCUGAAGGCAGUCUGAGUUUAACUGGCAGUAAUGAUGUGUUGACCUUGGCUUUGGGUCCCGAGCAUCCAGGGAGAGUAAGAGGGGUAGGUGCUGGGAUUUCCCCUAGGCAAUUCUUCAAUUUACCUAGACCACAGAGGGUAAAGUUUGCCAAUCAAUUGAAGGAAAGUGUAAGAAUUGUCCUUCAAGAAGAGACUAAGAAGAUGGAAGCUAGAACCAAACAAUUAGUAGAGGCUGAGAGGGAACAUUUACUAAGUCAGCUUUCCCACCUCAUCCCCAAUUUUGAUCCAAGCAUGCUUAAACCGAAAACUAGCCCCUGUCAAAACCAAGAGGAUGAUACUGCCAGAAAUGGGGAACAGCAGGAAGAAACGGGUAAUGAAGUAGUUGAUUAUUCAAAUGUGGAGGUGCCAUCUUCCUUACAAUCCCUUUGUGGUUAUGUGGAAACUACACUAAAGCCACAGGGGAAGAUCAUGACCUUCAACAUUGAGAAGGAGGUGUUUGGUGCAGAUCGAGGUACCUUCGUCUUGCAUGAAGAUAUUACACAGUUUGCAGGCAUGGAAGAAAUUGGGGCUACUGUGGUUGCAGUAUAUAUGAGGUGCUUAUAUGAUCUUUUGAGAGAAGCAAAUAUGUGCAGCAUGGUUGGCUUUAUCGACCCUGCUCAAGUUAGUGCCAACGCUGGGUCACUAACUGACAGAUCACGAAUUGUAGCCAGUCGACUUCAGAAAACAGAUGGUGAACAGAUUUUCAUGAUGCCUUACAAUCCAGGCCGUCAUUGGGUCUUGCUGAUUGUGAGGGCAAAGAGGGAAACCGUCUAUUUUCUGGAUCCUCUGCCUGGAAAUCGUGUGGUUGAUGAGGAGGGCAAAAACAUCGUGAACAGUGCUUUAAAAAUUUAUAAUUCCCACAUAGGCAGACCAGGCCGUAAAGCACCAAUUUGGAAAACUCUGCCAGGCACACCAAAGCAACCCAGCAGUGUCGAAUGCGGGUAUUAUGUGAUGCGCUUCAUGAGGGACAUCAUCAUGGAUCCUUCCUUGGAGUUUGAGAAGAAGUUUGCCAAGGGAAAAGAUCAAGCGCCAUACCCCCAAGCAGCCAUUGAUGAAGUCCGGAAAGAAUGGGCAGAGUUUGUUUGCCUUCAUAUGGAUUAG